UGUAUGUGUACCAAAAGAUGAGUGAUUUGGGGUUGUUUCAUCUUCUUUUGGUUCCUAAAUCCUUCCCAUUUCAAUGUUUCAGCCACAAAAUUCUUGAACAAACAUUUUCAGAAAUCCAAAACAAAUGUGGUAAGCACAACUAACCAAGUUUUUUUCAUAGGACGAAAGAAAAAAGUUUAUUUCCUUAAACGACAGUUCUGGUUCCUAACCUAUGUAAUGUGACACAUCCAUCCCCUUCACUUUCAAUUUCAAAAAUUUCAUCUUUCUCUGUUUUUUUUUUUAUCUUCAACUUUUCAAUCUCGUUUUACCCUUUUCAAUGGAGUCCUUGAUUUCUUUCAAGGGUACCUUUCACGUCUGCCCUUCAUUCUCUUCCAAACCCACAACCAGGAUUUCUCCAACCCAAGUGAAUAUUUGUAGAAAAAAUUCACUUUUUAGUUUUUCUGUUCGAGCACAGGUGGAUCCUAAUGAAGGUUCAAGUACAAUAGCCACAUCUAGUGAAUCUGUGGUUGAUGCUCUCAAAGUUAAGGAGUGGGAAGUAGGAAUGUUUCAUAAUGAGGUUGCUGCUAGUCAAGGGAUUAGAAUAAGGAGAAGGCCACCGACUGGACCCCCUGCUCAUUAUGUAGGACCUUUUCAAUUCCGGUUGCAGAAUGAGGGCAACACGCCUCGCAACAUCUUGGAAGAGAUUGUGUGGAACAAGGACAUUGAAGUCGCACAACUUAAAGAAAGAAAGCCCCUUAUUACGCUUAAGAAGGCCCUUGAAAAUGCACCUCCUGUUAGGGAUUUUAUUGGGGCUCUAAGGGCAGCAAAUGAACGAACUGGAUUGCCGGGACUGAUUGCUGAAGUGAAGAAGGCUUCACCAAGUAGAGGCAUCUUGAGAGAAGAUUUCGAUCCAGUUGAGAUUGCUCGAUCUUAUGAGAAGGGCGGAGCAGCAUGCCUAAGUGUUCUGACAGAUGAAAAGUUUUUUAAGGGAAGCUUUGAAAAUCUUGAGGCAAUAAGAAAUGCUGGAGUAAAGUGCCCUUUGUUGUGCAAAGAGUUCAUCAUAGAAGCUUGGCAACUCUACUAUGCUCGAUCUAAAGGCGCAGAUGCAGUCCUUCUAAUCGCCGCUGUUUUACCUGAUCUAGACAUCAAAUACAUGACUAAGAUAUGCAAAUUACUUGGAAUGACAGCUCUUGUUGAGGUGCACGAUGAGAGGGAAUUUGAUCGUGUUCUUGGAAUAGAGGGGGUUGAACUUAUUGGCAUCAACAACCGUAAUCUCGAAACAUUCGAGGUUGAUAUUGGCAUCACAAAGAAGCUUCUUGAAGGAGAGCGAGGCAAAAUAAUCCGUGAGAAAAACAUAAUUAUGGUUGGAGAAUCUGGUCUGUUCACUCCUGAAGAUAUUGCUUAUGUACAAGAAGCAGGAGUUAGAGCUGUUUUGGUGGGAGAGUCUAUUGUGAAACAAAGUGACCCUGGAAAGGGAAUUAGCAAACUCUUUGGCAAAGAUAUAUCUAUUUGAGUUUACAGAUUUAUAUAGGAGAUUAUAUUAAGUUUCUUCAUCUGGUGCCUUUUGUAUUUGAUUGUACUAAAUUAUCAAAACCUUGUCAGAAGCAAACAUGUACCGAAUUAUCUUUUUGUGUUGACAGUUUUUCAUUGUAGAUUAUUGAAUAACUUUUACAUUUUGUUUGUACUAAAUUAUCAAAAUCUUUUUGUUAUGUCAAAAAUUUAAGGUGA